AAUAUUUAUAAGUGUAUAAAUAAUUUAUUUUAUAUUCUCACAGAAUGUCUUUCCCAAACAAAGAAGAUCGUUUGAAAUGCUGGGGUCGUAGGGAUGAAUAUUGGCAAUGUCUCGAUGAAGGCAAAUCUCAAGCAGAAUGUAAGGAAUUUAGGAAACAAUAUGAAAAAUUCUGCCCGUCUCAAUGGGUGAAACAUUUUGAUCGUAAGCGAGAUUACUUGAAGUUCAAAGAGCAAAUAGAGAAGGGGGGGACUUGUCUCGACGGUGGGAUGCAAAGUUCCGAAAAGUCCGAUUUGCCGAAGCAGUUCGAUAAGAAGACCAAACCGGUUCUCGGUUUUCAAAUGGGAAAUAAAAACUUACGCAACUAGAGAUAUUAUUUUAACAUUGCCCGA